AUGGCAUCACUCGUGUUUCAACUCCCAGAUGAGACGAUUCUGGCCCCUCUACUUCGCCAAUUUCCUGGAAGAGAAGGCCAAAUACGGUCACUGGCCUCUUUACUUCAUACAGAUGCCGCACCCUGUCGGAACCUUGUGAUUCAUGGCUCAGAAGCAACAGGGAAAUCCAGCGUCACGAAGCAAUUACUCGUACAACUGUCACAUAACAACGAAGCAUCGACUAAUCAGUCCCCUGCCCUCGUUCACGCAACGGUUAACGUAGCUCGAUGCAUAUCUGGACGUCAUUUCUUCGAGAGCAUCAUCGCUGCAGUAACCAAUGCAGUAAGAGCAUGGAGCGGGAAUGGUGAUGGCGAAGUUGAAUCACAACGAUGUGAGACGCUGGCACAGCUUGCGGCAUCCCUGGGUGCCAUAUUCGAUGAGCCUCAGUUGAAGGGUGGAUUGACACAUUUCAUUUUGGUAUUAGAUGGAAUGGACAAGCAAAGGGACCCCCCACCAACCCUGAUGCCGGCAUUGGCGAGAUUAUGCGAAACCAUUCCGUGCCUCACAUGCAUUUUCAUUGUUACGACUCCGCCAGCUGGGUUUCUUCGAGCUUGUCCGACUUCAUAUCUUUACUUCCCGCCGUAUACCAAAUCUGAGUUAAUCCAGAUCCUAUCACUAGAGCCUCCACCUCCUAUCUCCAGGGCGACUUCAACAGCAGAGAAGGAGAUACGUGAAGAUCCAGAAGUGGCAAACCUGUGGACCAAAUUUUGCGCUGCGGUUCAUGAUUCUCUGGCUCAAUCUGCCGGACGGUCGUUACCUUCUUUCAAGAACAGCUGUUACACUCUUUGGCCCCGUUUUGUAGCUCCCAUUUUCGCCGGCACCUACACCCCCCAACAAUUCUCAAAACUUCUCGUCGCGGCGAGACCGUUCUUCCAAGAUGAGGCAUUUCUAAAUCCCAAGAUUGUGUCGUCUCAAACUACAGGAACCGACAUGGGCAUUGGUAAAAGCCGGCAACCUGCGACUAAAGGCUUUACCUUUACAUCAUUGCCGUCAACUACUCUAAAUCCACAGCCUCCAGCAGGAUUAACCGCCCUGCUACCGACUACCGCGAGAGUGCUUUUGCUCUCAGCAUAUCUUGCUUCUCACAAUGCCGUCCGACACGACAUCAGCCUCUUCUCUACUUCUUUUAAUGGUCGCAAGCGUCGACGUUCCGGUCCCAACGCUGCUCGAGCAAAUAAUCGGAAUAAGCAGCGUAAAAUAUCCCGUAAACUACUUGGGGCGCAUGCCUUUAUUUUAGAGCGGCUGUUGGCAAUCUUUGAAGCAGUAAGAACAGAAUUGGUCGACUCAGCGGCCGUCUUGCCAGGCCCGGAUGGCGACAUUGGUAUGACUCUAGCCACCUUAGCCAGCCUGAGGCUUCUUAUACGAAUUGGGACAGGAGACAUUAUGGAUAGAUCCGGUAAGUGGAGGAUUAAUGUCGGAUGGGAAGUCAUGAGAGGCAUAGGGAGAGGCAUUGGGAUAAAUAUUGAAGAGUGGCUUGUGGAGUAA